UCGCUCGCUCACUCACUCACCCAUUUCGCCACUCGCGCGCUCUCUCACUCCCAUCCACCUUUCUCCCUCACAGUGAUUCUGACUAGACAGACAGUUGACUGAGCCUAACAGGCGAUUGCUUGGUCUAGAUCUACUUGCCAGUGUUUUUGCUGGGAGAAGAUUCUGCGCUGCGAAUUUCUUUCCUGUUAGCGGACUAUCAUUGAUUUGGCCCCCACUGAACGUCAGCAGCGAGGUGUUUUAUCACAAAACCUCCCUCAUAUCGGAAACGGCCUUAUGGCUGACCCGCUUCCCGAUGUCACGGUAGCCGGCUGUGGAACCAGAGGGCAUAUGAAUCCCCAUAUGAACCCUCAUAGUCCACACAUACAUCCAAAAGGCCCACACAUGGGCCCUCACAUGGGACCUCACAUGGGACCUCACAGCCCUCACAUGGGACCUCACAGCCCUCACAUGGGACCUCACAGCCCUCACAUGGGACCUCACAGCCCUCACAUGAGCCCCCAGAUGACUCCUCACAGCCCCCACAUGAGCCCUCACAACCCCCACAUGGCCCCUCUCAACACGCACAUGGCCCCUCUCAGCCCGUGCAUGCCUCAUCACCCCCCACACAUGAGCCCCCACAUGGGCCCUCACAGUCCUCAAAUGAGCCCUCACAUGGGCCCUCACAGUCCUCAGAUGAGCCCGCACAUGGUCCCCCACAACCCACACAUGGGCCCUCACAGCCCUCCGAUCCCCCCGCCCAACCCACAGCCGGCCCCUCACCAGGAUGGCUUCAGGAACGGCACGAAAUGUCUCCGGUGUGCCGACAACUGCCCUGGCCUGGAUCUGCAUUACUUUAGGAAAAUAUGCAAAAACUGCCGUUGCCUAGCGGAAGAUCACGACAUGCAGCCGUGCCAACAGAGAGAUUUCCGACCAAUGAGUUUGCUGUUCCAGUCAUGUGAUUCGCCCCCGGCACCCCAGGACCCCAAACCUGAUUGGACGACACAGUUCCAGAAGUUGUCCAUCACCGACCCUGGUGACUUGACCCAGCUCAAGCCGGCCCAGAACGAUAUUGUGAUGACCAAGCUGAUCAGUGAGAACGUGCCUUGCCAGAGCUGCCAGCAGAAGAUGGAGAUGGGUGGGCCCGCCGUGAUAGCCAGUAAGAUCCCAGGAGACUGCUGGCACCCGGGCUGUUUCGCUUGCACGACCUGCCGACAGUUGCUGGUGGACAUGAUCUACUUCGCCAAGAAAGGACGUAUCUAUUGUGAGAGACAUUAUGCGGACCUGCUGUACCCACGAUGCUCUGCUUGUGAUGAGAUUAUCUUCUCCCGUGAGUACACCCAGGCGGAGGGUCGUUCCUGGCACGUGCAUCACUUCUGUUGCUGGUAUUGUGACGCUCCGCUGGCUGGACAGAGAUAUAUUGCCAAGGACAAUAACCCUUACUGCGUCACUUGCUUUGACAAACUCUUCAGCAAAAUCUGCAACACAUGCCAGCGGCCUAUCACUGCCGAUGCCCCAGGGGUCACUCACGGAGACUUCCACUGGCACGCUUGCCCGCACUGCUUCAG